GAGGGGGCUGGGAGUGUGAGAACAGAAGCGAAUGAAAAACUGCGUAGCCCACUGGCUGAGAGACACGGGCAGAGAGGUUGCCUUUCUGGGUCGUUAGCGCUUUCUGGAGCUUUGCUGUACUUUUAUGCAAGACGACAGCGGAUUUAAACGUCCUGCCAAGGUUUUGGUGUACUCCUCUCCAGAAGUUCCUGCUCUUACAUGCUAACAGAGAGCUGAAGACAAGAGAGAGAAGAUGGCAGUGUGGAUCCAGGCGCAGCAGUUACAGGGUGAUGCCCUCCAUCAGAUGCAGUCCCUGUACGGCCAACAUUUCCCCAUAGAGGUCCGACACUACCUGUCCCAGUGGAUCGAAGGGCAGCUCUGGGAUGCUAUAGACCUGGACAAUCCACAGGAGGAGUAUAAGGCAAAGCGUCUGCUGGACAGCCUCAUUCAGGAGCUACAGAAGAAGGCGGAGCAUCAAGUAGGAGAGGACGGCUUCCUGUUAAGGAUCAAACUGGGUCACUACGCCUCACAGUUAAAGAGCACAUAUGACCGCUGUCCUCUAGAGCUUGUGAGAUGCAUCAAACACAUUCUUUACACAGAGCAGAGGCUUGUUAGAGAAGCUACUAACUCGAGCUCGCCGGUGGGCGGUAUGAUGGACAGCAUGUCUCAGAAGUACCAGCAGAUCAAUCAGGCGUUUGAAGAGCUACGGAUUCUCACGCAGGACACGGAGAACGACCUGAGGAAACUGCAGCACAACCAGGAAUAUUUCAUCAUUCAGUAUCAGGAAAGCCUUCGGAUACAGGCCCAGCUGACAAGUCUGGCCAGCCUCCCUCCAGCAGACAGACAGCUGAGAGAGCCCAGCCUUUUAAACAAAAGAGCAACCGUAGAAGCCUGGCUCACCAGAGAGGCCAACACUCUACAGAAAUACAGACUGGGUCUAGCAGAGAAGCACCAGAAAACACUUGCGUUGCUACGGAAACAGCAGACUUUGAUUCUGGACGAUGAACUGAUUCAGUGGAAGAGACGUCAGCAGCUAGCUGGUAACGGAGGACCUCCAGAGGGUGGACUGGAUAUACUACAGUCAUGGUGUGAGAAGCUGGCUGAAACCAUUUGGCAGAACAGGCAGCAGAUCAGGAGAGCAGAGCACUUGAGGCAGCAGCUGCCCAUCCCUGGCCCAAUUGAAGACCUCCUUAAUGAACUCAACAGCACUAUAACUGAUAUCAUCUCAGCCCUUGUCACCAGCACCUUCAUCAUAGAGAAACAGCCUCCCCAGGUACUGAAGACUCAGACUAAGUUUGCGGCCACCGUGCGUUUGCUGGUGGGGGGGAAACUCAACGUGCACAUGAACCCGCCCCAGGUCAAAGCCACCAUCAUCAGUGAACAGCAAGCUAAAGCUCUGCUCAAGAAUGAAAACACCAGAAAUGAAAGCAGUGGAGAGAUUUUGAAUAAUAACUGUGUGAUGGAAUAUCACCAGACCACAGGAACCUUGAGUGCACACUUUAGAAACAUGUCUUUGAAGCGGAUCAAGAGGUCCGACCGCCGCGGGGCAGAAUCGGUAACCGAGGAGAAGUUCACCAUUUUGUUUGAGUCGCAGUUCAGCGUCGGAGGCAACGAGCUUGUCUUUCAAGUCAAGACUCUCUCUCUACCUGUGGUGGUGAUUGUCCACGGUAGUCAAGACAACAACGCUACGGCAACUGUCCUGUGGGAUAAUGCCUUUGCUGAGCCGGGUCGAGUCCCCUUCAUCGUGCCAGAUAAGGUCCUUUGGCCCCAGCUGUGUGAAGCUCUGAACAUGAAGUACAAAGCUGAGGUGCAGUCCAAUCGCGGUUUGUCCGAGGAGAACCUGGUCUUCCUCGCCCAGAAGGCCUUCAGCAGCUCCAGCAUCAACCCAGACGACUACCGCAACAUGACCAUGACCUGGUCCCAGUUCAACAGGGAGAGUCUGCCUGGGAGAAACUUCACGUUUUGGCAGUGGUUUGACGGCGUCAUGGAACUCACAAAGAAGCAUCUCAAGCCACACUGGAAUGACGGGGCGAUACUAGGUUUUGUGAACAAGCAGCAGGCUCAGGACAUGUUGAUGUCCAAACCUAAUGGAACAUUUCUUUUGCGCUUCAGUGACUCUGAGAUCGGCGGAAUCACAAUCGCCUGGGUUGCAGAGAACCCCAACAAAGCAGGAGAGAGGAUGGUGUGGAAUCUCAUGCCCUACACGACUAAAGAUUUCACCAUCCGCUCUCUGGCCGACCGGAUCAGCGACCUGAACCAUCUGUUGUACCUCUACCCUGACAGGCCUAAGGACGAGGUCUUCUCCAAAUACUACACCCCACCACUCUCGAAAGCAGUGGACGGCUAUGUCAAACCACAAAUCAAACAAGUAGUACCAGAAUUUGCAACGCCUAAUCCUGACCCAGCUGCCAAUCCAACCUACAUGGAUCAUGCAGCAUCUCCAGCUGUUAGUCACUCUCAAAACUACGGCAUAUACCCGCCCAUGAGCGACUCCAUGCUGGACGCUGAAGGAGACUUUGAUCUGGAUGACACCAUGGAUGUGGCCAGGCAUGUGGAGGAGCUUCUCCGCCGGCCUCUGGAGGGCCAGUGGAACAGCCAACAGUCAUGACCUCCUCACCACACCCACCACCUACCCUCUACCGCCCCACAAUGCUUUUAUUCCAUUCAUCUCUCUCUCUCUCUCUCUCUCUCUCCUCCUCUUUAUCUCCCUCUCUCUUUCUCUCUCUCUCUCUCUGUCUCCCCGUCCCUGUCUCUGUCCUGCUUAUCCUCCUGACAUCCCCACUCACGUUUCUGUAGCUCUAAUGUGAAAAGUUCAGAGAUGGUUGUGAACGACAGUACUUUCUUUCUUUCUGUCUCUCUUUCUAUCUUUCUUUUUUUGUUGUCGUUGUUGUUGUUGUUGUUCCUUUUUUUUUUUUUCCACGAUUCUGUCAUUUCUCUCAGCAUGUUGGCUGCAUGCAGAGACGACAUGUUCAUUUUUGUUCCCAUAUUGUUAUCUGUUAAAACAGAUUAAAUGACGAAAAAAAAGAAAAAAGAUAACUGGUCUACGUCUAACCACCAAACAGUAUUGAGCAAAAGAAGGGGGGAAAAUAUUGUUUUUCAAAAUUGCAUGUGCUCUUUUCGUUUUGUUUUAACUGA